UUGUUUUUUAAUCUUGGUACAACUCCUUCUUCCAACUAUUCCCUCUUUCUGUGUCUUCCCUAAAUCUCAAGUUAUUCAAUUCCAAGAAAGGCGUUGUUGUUGUUGAUGGAUUAUAUUCCCACAAUACAUUCAUCACUUAUGGGUGUUUCUUGCAACUUGCUACAAUUAUGAAAAUCCACCUCCUCUCUUCUCUUUUUUUCAUGUUCUUGUUCCAUCAAAUCUUGUCUUGUGUUAUUCUGGGUGUUUCUGGACAAUGCCUCAAUGAUCAAAGGUCUUUGUUGCUGCAGUUGAGGAACGACCUUGUCUUCAAUCCCGCCUUCUCCACCAAGCUUGUGCAAUGGAACCAGAGUGUUGACUGCUGCAAAUGGAAUGGCGUACUGUGCGAUACUAAUUCUGGAGGACGUGUCAUCUCUUUGGAAUUGGACAACGAGUCCAUUUCCGGUGGCAUCCAUAAUUCAACUGCUCUUUUCGGCCUUCGAUACCUUGAAAAGCUCAAUUUGGCAUUCAACAGCUUUGCAAGUAUUCCAAUUCCAAAGGGGCUUCAAAAUCUCACCAAUUUGGCGUACCUUAAUCUGUCGAAUGCUGGUUUUGGUGGGCAGGUUCCUGUUGAGAUUUCCACAAUGACUAGUUUGGUUAGUCUUGAUCUCUCCAACUUGUUUUCAGGCGCUGAUCCCAUUAAACUCGAGAAUCCUAAUUUGAGGACCCUUGUUCGGAAUCUUACAGGGCUCACUGAGCUUUAUCUUGAUAAUGUCAAUAUUUCAGCUCAAAAAAGUGACUGGGGUCUAGCCUUGUCUUCUUCUCUACCCAAAUUAACGAAUUUGAGCUUGCGCAGCUGUCUUCUUUCCGGCCCUUUGGAUUCUUCUCUUUCGCACCUUCAUUCUCUUUCGGUUAUCCGGCUCGACGGCAACAAUCUGUCAACAACAGUUCCAGACUUCUUUGGUACUUUCUCCAAUUUGACGAUUUUAACCCUCAGCAGUUGCUCGCUCGAAGGUCCCUUUCCCGAGACUAUCUUUCAGGUACCCACUCUACAGAGACUGGAUUUAUCAAGAAAUAUAUUGCUCAGCGGUACCAUAUCACAUUUUAUUCCUAACAGUUCUUUAACGACUGUGGUCCUUAGCUACAGUAACUUCUCGGGUUCAUUACCAGAUUCUGUUAGCAAUCUUGAGAUGCUGUCCAGAAUAGACCUGUCCAAUUGCCAGUUCAGUGGAUUGAUUCCAUCCUCACUGGACAAACUAACCCAACUCGUUUAUCUGGAUUUCUCGUUUAACUCCUUCACUGGUCCAAUCCCACUGUUUCAUAGGGCCAAGAAACUCUCUUAUAUAGACCUCAGUCGUAAUUCUCUUACAGGCUCUCUUUCUUCUGUUCAUUUUGACGGACUCUCGAGUCUUGCAAAUAUAAAUUUAGUGUUGAAUUUACUCAAUGGGAGCAUUCCCCCGUCUCUGUUUGCCCUCCCUUCACUACAGAAACUUCAGCUUUCCAACAACAGAUUUAGUGGCAAAGUCGAGGAUUUUUCGACGUCGAAUUCUAAUCUCGACACACUAGAUUUGAGCAGUAACCGCCUGGAAGGUUCUAUCCCGGAAUCUUUCUUCCUACUUGAACGGCUGAAUGUUCUCUCACUUUCUUCAAACUCGUUCAAUGGAACUGUGAAGCUGGAAAAGAUUCAAAUGCUUCGCAACCUUACAAGACUAGAACUUGGGCACAACAAUUUAUCAGUUGAUGCAAGCACCACUAGUUUAUUCCAAUUUCCCCAGCUAAGCAGGUUAAAUCUAGCUUCUUGCAAAUUGUCAGAGUUUCCCAAUUUGGCGAACCAAUCCAAACUGACAGUUUUGGAUCUUUCGAACAACCUUAUUAAGGGAGAUAUACCGAGUUGGAUUUGGAAUAUUGGGAAUGGAGGACUCUCCCAGUUGAAUCUUUCCUAUAAUCUCCUUACAGGUCUCCAAAAGCCUAUUAAUAUGCCUUCUUCUCUAGGUGUACUUGACCUACACUCAAAUAGGCUCCAAGGUGAGUUUCCAUUGCCCUCAGUAGCAUCUAUCUAUGUAGAUUACUCGAGCAAUAACUUUCAAGAGACGAUUCCGCUUAACAUUGGCACCUUCACUUUCUAUGCUCUAUUCUUCUCUCUUGCAAACAAUGGAUUUACAGGAACAAUUCCUCAAUCUCUUUGCAAUUCAACUUACCUUCAAGUUCUAGACUUUUCCAACAACAAGCUCAAUGGUAGUAUACCACUUUGCCUGCUGGAGAAUCUCACUAGUCUGGGGGUUUUGAAUCUCGGGAGAAAUCAUAUCGCUGGUGAUAUACCGGAUACAUUUUCUGUCAACUGCAGUCUCAAGACUUUGGACCUCAGUAAUAACAACAUAGGGGGGAAUAUUCCACCGUCCUUAGCCAAUUGCAGAUCUUUAGAGGUUGUGAAUGUUGGGAACAACAACUUUGAUGAUGGAUUCCCGUGCAUGCUUAAAAAUUCAUCCAGCUUGCGUGUUCUUGUUCUGCGCAACAACACAUUUCACGGUGAACUAAGAUGUUCUAUGGACAAAGAGAGUUGGUCGAAUCUUCAGAUUAUCGACAUAGCUUCCAAUAACUUCAGCGGUGAACUAUACCCAAAAUACAUCACGAGUUGGAAAGGAAUGAUGCUAGACAAUGAUGCACAGCCGAGGCGCAACCACCUACGCUUUGCGUUUCUGAAUCUGAGUAACUUCUACUACCAGGACACAGUGUCGGUGACCAUGAAAGGCCUGGAACUGGAGCUUGUCAAGAUUCUGACAGUCUUCACAGCCAUUGAUUUUUCUUGCAAUAACUUGAGCGGGGAGAUACCUGAAACAGUUGGAAACCUCAGUUCACUUUACGUACUCAACUUAUCUCACAAUGCUCUGUCAGGCGUAAUUCCAAGCUCUGUUGGAAACUUGAAACAGCUAGGAUCGCUGGACCUCUCUACGAACCAGCUAACAGGGGAAAUACCAAACGAACUCACAAGUCUCACGUUUCUUUCGUUCUUGAAUCUGUCCUACAAUAAUCUAGUUGGGAUGAUCCCAACAGGUACUCAAAUUCAAACGUUUUCUGCAGAAAGCUUUGCAGGAAAUCCAGGGCUAUGCGGGUUUCCUCUUAACACGAAAUGUGGCUCUAAUCGGCCGGAUUCAGAAUCAGUGGCAAGCUUGAAAAGGAUAGAAUUUGAUUGGCAAUCCAUAUUCACAGGUGUUGGAUAUGGGUUGGGAGCGGCGUUAGUAAUUGCUCCUCUUGCAUUCUGCAAGGAAUGGAGGGAAGAGUGCAACGAUAAAUUCGAUAAAUUUGUGAAGCAGAUGUUUCCGAGAUACGGAUUCAGUUACAUAAGGUAUGAUGGAAAGGUUGAGGCGGUGGAAAAAGUCGAAGAUGGGAUGACAGAUGAUGAUGAUGAUGAAGACGAAGAUGAAGAAGAAGACAUUGGAGAUGGAUUAAGUAGGGGAAAGUACUGUGUAUUUUGCACAAAAAUGGACAUUCAAAUAAAGAAGGCGAUGCACAAUCCAAAAUGUACAUGUCAUUUCUCGUCUCCCCCUACAGCAUCUUCUUCUUCUUCUUCAUCUUUACUAGUAAAAUAUCACUAGAACUAUGGAAUAUAUUUCAUUUGUAUAGAGAUACAGAUUACAGAGUCAGAAACAAAAAUAUUCUUUGAGAUGUUUAUGUAAGCUGAAUUGAUUACUUUGGUGAAUAUAUACUGGAAACAAAAACAAAAAAAACGAAAUGUUUUGG